AUGCUCUACACUCACGCAGCCAUCAUUACUGUCGAUUCUGAUCGACGCAUCAUUGAAGAUGGUGCCAUCUAUGUCCAGGGAAAUGCCAUCCAGGACUUGGGCAAAACCAACAUUUUACUUGUCAAAUAUCCUCAUGAUCAGCAAUAUGAUCUCAGCGGACGGAUUGUGAUACCAGGGUUGAUAUCGACACACAUGCAUACUGUCCAAGCGUUGAUACGGGGAACAGCAGACAACAAAGAGCUACACAGCUGGCUCGACUAUAGAAUCCGUCCACUGCAGCACGCGAUGACUAGUGAAGAUGCCUAUGUGUCAGUGCAACUUAGUAUUGCCGAAAUGUUGAAAUCAGGGACAACAUGCUUUCUAGAGAGUAUGUUUCUCUCACAGCAUAAUUUUGAUGGACUCUGUCAGGUGGUUCAAGAAAGCGGUAUCCGAGGCUGCUUGGGUCAAUUCGCUCCUAAUCCUGCCAAAGAAAGUAAUAUGCCAGACAACUCAAUACCCGACGUGGUGGAGGCCUGGAGAAAGUGGAACGGCGCUGCGAAUGAUCGAAUUCGGGUAUGGUUCGGGGUCGCGUCGGCGGGACUGGCUCCGCAUUCUCAAAUGAAAGAAUUGGCCUCCGUCGCCCUUUCUUAUGGGAUUCCAAUUACAAUGCACUGCGCAGAAACAAGAAAGCAGUUCGAAUACUUCGCUUCUCUGGAACAUAGUCCUGUCUCAUGGGCUGAUGUCACAGGCCUGCUGUCGCCAUCAACUGUACUGGUUCACAUGGUGCACCUGGAUAAAGACAAAGAUAUCCCAAGGCUAGCGGAAUCUGGCACCCACAUAGCGCACUGCCCAACCUCAAACGCCAAAUUAGCUUCUGGCAUUAGCCCCGUGCCGGAGCUACCUGCUGGAGGAGUCAAUGUCAGUCUUGGUACAGACGGGGCUCCCUGCAAUAACAGUUGUGACAUGCUACAAGAGAUAAGACUUGCUGUUAUUAUCCAUAGGAGUGUUUCAUAUGACCCGGCUCUGGUUCCCGCAGAAACCGCCCUAGAGAUGGCUACUAUCAACGGAGCGCGAGCUCUAGGUCUUGAAGACCUUGUUGGUAGCCUGGAAAUCGGCAAGAAGGCGGAUUUCGUGGCCAUUAACACGGAGAAGUCGCAACUUCAGCCAUACCUUAACCCUGUCAGUGAUGUGGUCUAUGUUGCGACUGGAAGGGAUGUGGAUGUGGUGGUAGUCGAUGGCCAAUUGUUGGUGGAAAACGGCGAAUUAUUGACCAUGAGUGAACACCAGAUUCUGAACGAAGCCAAGAGAAAAGGCUCAGAAGUGAUCCAGAGAGCCGGAUUGGAAGAGCAGAUAAAGUCUCCCUGGCCAGUACUCAGGAAACGUACUUUUGCUUCCUACCCCGCUGACCCAAGCAGACUGGUCUCGAUGAUGGCGGAAGACCAUCUACAGUCGCUUUGGCGGCUCAUGAAGCGGUAUAGUAUUCGAUUUCGACUGCCCGGGGAGGAUCGGCCCGCAUUGCACGUGGACACGUUCAACAACAUCAAAACGCUGGGAAGUUACUCGUUCGAUACAUAUUCGGCUGGGGUGAGCAUCCGAUCUUCCAAUGAGCCCUGGAAGCAACAGAUCAAAUUUCGGGCAGAAUGGCUCAAUCAGCGCGCCCAGAGUUUUCCAAAAUGCCGAGCGAGAAUAUGGCAAUCUGAGAUCCAGGCCACCUUAAACAACCCUCAAACUGAACAUGCGGAAGAACUCGAUCGACGUAGAAGACAGAGGAAAUCAUGCGAAUGCCCCCAAGAAUUUGUGGUAUAUGAUGAGCUUGUCAGAUCACAGCUUCCCAAGCAAGCUCCUGACUGCGUCGUUGGCUUACAAAACACCAAGAACUUCGAUACCUUGUUGUCGAGUCCCGUUCGACCGGAAAUUGCCAGGGAUGAAGAUGACACGGUCUCAGACAUCCUUCAGUCCGAAACAAGUCCCAACGGAUUUGACGCCAUUCAGGUGCAGUCGGCAUUCCCGAUUAAUGCACUCUUGCAAUUGCAAGAAGGCCUUCGCUCAUACGUCAAUUGCUCGUCUGGAGAAAAUAGUUUUGAGCCUUUGGUCUGGUUUCUGGGCUUCCGGGGCGACGCAUGGAGAAUUUAUGCGUCCCAUCUUGUUAGAGGAGCUGACGGGAAGCCAACACAAUAUGUAAGUCAGGUCCUGGUCCGGUACUUUGUACCGCACAAGAGCCUACUUCCGAGUUUCUUAGAGGUUAUUGGGGGCCGACAGAACAAUGCUAAUAGCACGGAAAAGGCGGCGCGACAUAUUAUAAAUUUUGUGGCACAAUUUAACGAUGUUCUAGUGAUAAAUGAGAACGACCUUCAUCUUCUCGAAAUCCUUUGGACUGAUACCUCUCACUCAGUACCAGAAGGAGGAGAAGCAGAAGACUUCUACGCGCUCAUCGAGUGCAGCUGGUAUAUCACACCAUCUUGGGAGAUUACACGACAACUUUCAUGCUUCGCCAUCUCCAAAGCUGCUUUUCGUGCCUUGAAGACUUAUGCAAACUUCUCCGUACGCCGCAAGGGCAUCGAAAACCUGGACCAAGCCGAACGACGUUGUUCUCAGAGAGUUCUGCAGGAUUGUGUCGAGUGCCUCCGAACAGGAUCUCCUUGGACCUUCAUCAUGAAGUACUUGAAGCGAAACCUGUGGAAACCCAAACGAUACACAAAAGUUCCACGCAAUGAAAUGAGGGCUGCUCUUCGUGAGGGGUACACAAAAAAAGAGGUUCUUGCUAUGAGGAAUGAAGGUCCACCCAAGCAUGGUGAUAUGUCUUGGAAGCGCAACUCGAUGCAGCACACCCGCAUAAUCGAUGAGGAGCAUCAUGCCCAUGAUCGAUGCCCACGAUGUCGCCAGAGUCCGCAAACAAAUAUAUCGCCCUUUGCUCACGGUUAUUUGGAUACACGGAUUCAACCAUUUCUAUCCGGCUAUGGCACAGUUUUGGUGGUCGCAAUGGAUACAGCCGCACGACCCCCCGAUGAUGCAUGUGUUUUUGCACUGAGACCGAUUGAUGAGCUCAACGAUAACGCGGCUCUCUCUAUUAUGAUUGAGGAUCUGAUGCAAGCGAAUCUUGUCUACCAUACGCUCAAGUGCGGACCUACCGACAUCCAACCAGGUUAUGAGGAGGGCAGUCUUGCCUCGUGUUUUGUCAUCGACACCUCUGCGGAAAUGACAACGCUUAUUCCUCGCGAGCAUUACUCCAAGGAAGAGCUUGACCAGCUCUAUCCUCGGGAUUUGAAGCUGCAGUUGGUCCAGGUGUUCCUUCGUCAUGGUGAACGUACGCCGGUAUCUUCGCGCUUUCAAAAUGUACUUCAACAUGGUGAACUGACAGACAAGGGUCGUGAAACCACUUUUGCUCUCGGCCAGCGCCUGAGACAUCUCUACGUGGAUCAGCUUGGAUUCAUGCCACAGAUCAAGACUGAUACCGAGGACAUGUAUCUUCGCACCACGCCUAUCCCGCGCGCUCUCGAGUCCCUUCAACAAGCCUUCUGGGGCAUGUACCCUCCCGGCGCUCGCACACAAGAUUUCCCAGCUCCCGUGAUUGUUGCUCGUUCUGUGUCGGAAGAGACGCUCUUCCCUAACGAGGGCAACUGUCGUCGAUUUAGACAGCUCGCGAAGCUUUUCGCCGACAGGGCCGCACUUCGAUGGAACGACACCGAUGAAAUGAACUACAUCAACAGUCUUCUAUCAAAAUGGAUGCCGGAAAGCUCCCCCAAGGUCGCCGUUGACUCUCAUCCUCGUCUGUCGGGUAUUGCAGACACCAUCAACGCCAGUCUCGCUCACGGCCCCGCCACAAGACUCCCCUCGGAGUUCUACGACAAGAAGAGCCGACAACACUUGAACACGAUUGCCGUGGACGAAUGGUUCGCCGGAUACACGGAAAGCAACGAGUACCGGAAGCUCGGCAUUGGAGGCCUGAUGGGUGACGUGGUCGACCGCAUGGUCAGCACCGCCGUGGACGGCGGCUGGCGCAGCGAGACCUCGGCCUCCGGCUCCUCCACCGAGCACGGCAAGGCCAUCAAGUUCGCGAUGAGCGGAUGCCACGACACGACGCUGGCCGCUAUCCUAGGCAGCACGGGAGCCUUCGACGGAAUCUGGCCGCCUUUCACCUCUUCCAUUGCCAUUGAGCUCUUCUCCAAGGCCAAGCAAGGAUCCGGGGACAACGCAGGAGUCGUGCUGGAGGAAUUCUCCAGCCCUUCCAUCGCCACCAAAAAGCCGGGCUUCUUCUCCUUCCUGGGCGGUGGUUCUUCGUCCAACAACAACACCCCGCCUCCGCCGUCUGACAUGGCCCGGGCCCCUCUGUCCUCGUUCCCUGACUCCGCACGCCAGACCAUGAAGCAGCACUAUAUCCGUAUCCGCUACAAUGACCGCCCCGUCCGCAUCCCCGGUUGCGCCGCUAAGCCCCAGAACCAUCUUCCUGGCGACGAUACCUUCUGCACACUAGACGCGUUCAAGGAGAUCGUUGACAAAUUCACCCCGAAGAACUGGAGCAGUGAAUGUGUACAGAACCUCGGCCAAGGUCUCUAUGGUAAGGACGAGAAGGAGAAGAUCCAAGCUGGUUUCUAG